CUCUCUCUCUCUCUUUUACCAGUCGCCGGUGGUAGAUUCGGAUCUCUCUCCGACUUAUGGCGGCUUCCGCUUGCAUAAAUAAUAUCGGCUUCUCGCCGGACAACUUCUUGGACUACUCCUGCAUCUCAAUGCCUCACCAAGAUAACCUCUCAGAUCUACCAGAUCCAGACCUUGACUUUGAGUUCAGACUUGAAGAUCCGGUUAUCAUGCUUCCCGCCGACCAGCUCUUUUCUGACGGUAAACUCAUUCCGCUGCAACUACCCCACCAACCUGCCACCACAGUUCCUUCUAAGCCUCGUCGGAGAGUCUCUGUUGCUGAUCCUUUUUUGUACUCUCCCAAGGCGCCCAGGUGUUCCAGUAGAUGGAAGCAGCUUCUCAGUUUUAGGAAACUUUAUCAAAACAACAACAACAACAUUGCCAAACCGGAUGACAAUGCCAAUGGUGCCACCAAAUCUAUCAAACCAUUUCUUCAACGAGGCUCGAAAUCUCCAAACGAUAACCUUCCGUUGCUUAAGGAUACGGAUAACGAACCCGCCUCACGUCUCUCUCUUUCUUCAUCUUCUUCCAGUCACGAUCCGGACGAACUUCCUCGUGUCUCUCUUGAUUCCGAAAGGCCCGCGACAGGGAAGGUGGUGAAUCCUCCGAGGAUGAGAAUGGUGAAAGUAAGAACAGCGUCAUCGAAUGAUGGAAGAAGGUGUCCAGCGGAGGCGUCGCUCCGUAUUGACAGUCCUCGAAUGAAUUCAUCGGGGAAAAUCGUUUUCCAUAGUUUGGAGAGGAGUUCAAGCAGUCCGAGCAGUUUGAACGGAUUGAAACACAGGGGGAUGGAGAGAUCGUAUUCAGGUAAUGUCAGAGUGAAUCGAGUUCUAAACGUUCCGGUUUGUUCGGUGAGAAAGUCAGGAGGUGUAUUCGGGCUUCCGUUGUUCUCGUCACCUCAGGCUCAGAACCAGAAUCAGAAGCGGGAAGCUGGCAGCAACGGAGGAGGAAGCCGGAAGAGUAAAACGAGCUUGGGGUGAGGUUGGUAGUUAAUUUGUCAUUGUUGUUGCAUUUUGCUUGAAUGUAGAUAUGUCUGAAUCUGAAUUUGAAUCUAAAUCUGAUGUUAGUUUAAAGCUUGAUUUGGUAUGUAAAUUGAAUUCAUCCUGGCUGC